UGUAUAAGUAUCCAGAUAGAGCUAUUGGCACACCAGAGUUUCAUGGAUAUCCUGGACCAAAAGGAUUACCAUUGAUCGGAAAUUUAAUAUCUGUUGUGAUGAAACAUGGCGGUGAGAAAAUGGCGUUGGAUCAAUUUCGAUCUUUGUAUGAUACGUAUGGACCUAUCUGGACUUUAUCUGUUCCUGGUAUCGGAAGAGUUGUGGCAAUAAAUGAUCCAGUCAUUUUGGAAUAUGUUUUGAAAACAAAUUUUGAAAAUUAUGUCAAGGGUGAAUAUAUGUUUAAUCGAUUACAUGAUAUUCUUGGAAACGGAAUUUUCGCGUCGGAUGGCGAAGGAUGGAAAUUACAAAGAAAAACAGCAUCAAAAAUCUUCAAUGUGCGCAAUUUUCGAGAUUUACUAUGCACAGUAUUUGCAAACGAAAGUCUCGUAGUUGUUGACAUUUUAUCGAAGGCGGCUGAAACUGGUGAAAUCAUUGAUCUCCAAAACCUAUUUUAUCGUUUCACGAUGGAUUGUUUCGGACAAGUCUCAUUCGGCAAAUCAUUCAAUUGUCUUAUGACCCCCAACUCGCCAAAUCCGUUCGCGACAGCGUUUGACUUUGCUCAAAACGUUCUUGAAUACCGUUUCGUCUCGCCAUUCUGGAAACUAACGGAAAAAUACUCAGCAACCGGGAAAAAGUUUCGUGAGGCAAUUGUCAUUCUUCAUAAUUACGUGGAGGAGUUGAUAAAGCAACGACGAAAUGAUGAUCCGGAGGGAAAGAAUAAGAAUGAUUUGCUUAGUUUGUUUAUGCAUGUAGAAGUUGAUUUGGAUGAUAGUGAAAAUGUGGUGGAGAAAGGAGGGGAACAAGGUGAUGCUGGUCGUGAUACAACUGCUCAAGCAUUAAGCUGGAUGUUUUAUCUAAUCGUCACACACCCAGAAGUUGAACAACGGCUUCUGGAAGAAAUAGAAAAUAUUCUUGAUCCUGACGCGUCGCCUACAUAUGACGAUACCAGAAAACUGAAAUAUGCUACCGCUGUUAUUUAUGAAACUCUCCGUCUCUACCCAUCCGUUCCGAAAACUGGCAAACUGGCAGUCAACGACGACAUAUUACCGGACGGCACAUUCAUCCCCUCGGGCACUAUCAUCACAUACCACGCAUGGGUUAUUGGUCGAUCUAAGAGACUUUGGGGAGCUGAUGCGGAUUUGUUUAAACCGGAACGGUUUCUUGAUGAGCAUGGAGAUAUUAUAAAGUUUAGUCAAACAAAGUUUAUUGCGUUUAACGCUGGACCACGUGCAUGUUUGGGACAUCAAUUUGCUACCAUUGAAGUAUUGAUGUUGACAACAAUGAUUCUGCGUAAAUUCAGAAUUAAACUAAAGAUUGAAGAGGAGCCUGAGCCUGGCAGGUCUUUGACAUUACCGAUGAAAAAACCAUUAUUAGUUCAGAUCAGUCGUCGAUAG